UUCUCCUCCGUUCAGAGCCUUUCGCGGUGCAGAAAGCUUUGGGAGAAACAAUCCGUAAAACAUGUCUGCCCUCAACAGAAGGAUUAUCCACACAACAUCGGCCGCGGCUGCCGUCGGUCCAUACAGUGCCAAAGUUUAAUCUUUGGCAUAGCUGACCAAGCGACUGCAGAGGAAAGAUCUCUUAACAGACAGACAACAGACGCGCAAUGGCGACUAUUCGUCGACAGAUCCCGUACACACCAAAAGCCCCUAUCAGACAGGGGAUAUACAGCCAGGCGGUGGUUGUGGACCGAACAAUGUACAUCUCCGGUCAGCUGGGGCUGGACGUGGCCUCGGGUCAGCUGGUAGAUGGAGGCGUGCAGGCCCAAGCAAAACAGGCCCUCAUCAAUAUGGGGGAGAUCCUGAAAGCUGCCGGCUGUGACUACACUAAUGUGGUGAAGACGACUGUGCUGCUCGCCGAUAUAAAUGACUUUAACAGCGUCAAUGAGGUGUACAAAACAUUUUUCAGCAGUAACUUCCCUGCCAGAGCUGCCUACCAGGUCGCUGCUCUCCCCAGAGGUGGACUGGUAGAAAUUGAGGCAGUUGCUGUGCUCGGCCCUCUCUCAGACUCCUGACUAGCCGGCCACGUACCAAACAAGUUGUAGUCUCACCGUCAAGUGACCUUAUGGUUGUAGUGCAGAAGCCUCACUGUAUUUCCAGAUGGCACAUGAAAGACCAAACUAGGAUGUGGUUCUUUUUCCACGUUGUCAGGUUUCUUUUUUUUUACAGCACCUCUGAACUAAUUUAAGUAUUGUACCAUUCUAAAUUAAAAGCCUGCACUUAAUUCACUG